AUGAGUAAGAAAAAGAAAGAGAAGGAAGAGCAAGAAAGGCUAGAGAAAGAUAUCCAACAAUUAAAAAUAGAUACUAGUAACUCAUAUGACAUCUCCCAUCUCAUAAUUGAUGAAAUCUGGAAGAAGACAUCCGACCAAAUUUCUAAAAAUGAAUUACAAAAAUAAAAUCCCUAUUUAUUCAAUCGAAUGGAUUUUUGAUGGUUUAGUUAAAGUCAUUGAACUUAGCAUGACCCCACAAGAUAUGAAACAAGACGAUAAAUACAUUUCAAAUGAAGAGAUUGACCAAGCAAUCCCUGAACCAGCAAUGAUCGAUAAUCACAAAACAAAGAAUGUUAAGCUGGAAACACAAAUGAACUUUUUAGUUCCGGCUGGAGAAGGAUGAUUUUACAACUACGCGGACCAGAAUGAGACAAAUUCUCUAAACAGUGCAAAUGACCAGAGCGUUUCCUCUAAAGCUCUUAGCAUCAAAGGGAGUCUUACUAAUUUACGAUCAAGCUUUAAUGGAAAGAAAAAGAGCAAGAACAAGCCUAUUGAAAUUGAAGAAAUUGAAGACUUUGACUAUGGUGACAAUAUUACAGAGGAACAUAUCGACGAGCUAAGGAUCCAAAAUGAAAAAUAAUAGAAAAAUUAGAAUUAUGAAGGCUCGAAGAGCCAAAAAGGAAAAGAAAUCUCAGAAGAAAGGAAAUGAGCCUAAAAACGAGAACAAGAGUAAAAAUAGAGUCAAGCAGAAGUUCUUGACAUAUGAUGAGGGCAAGCUGAUUAACCCAAUGAGAGUAAAUGCAGAUUCGCUUCCCAAAUUCUUUAAAAAGGGUAUGGAGAAAAGACAGGGUCAGGAUCAGUUACUUAUUCAGAAAACUGACAGGUCACGUAUAAUUGAAGAAUAUAAGAAGAUAUUAGAAGAUAAACUAAAGGCUAAAGAGGAGAACCUUAAAGCUAAGCCAGAUUUAUCAAAGGGCAAGAGUAGUAGACUCGCCAAAAGAACUGACUUCUCUAAAACUCUGGUAGAUGCAGUUAGGAUAGUCUCUGACUCUAUUAAGCCUAAUUAUGGAGUAGGGAUCACUGGAAAGAAUAUCAAAAUGACAUCUGGGAACGAUCAAAGCGUUGAUGCUUCAGGUGAGAAUGAUAGAGGAAUCACUACUUCAAGAGAUGAUUACACAGGAAUGGUCAAAGUGAAAGCCCUUCCUUAUGUUAGUAAUCCAAGACUUCAUAUGGCUCUUACUAGAAAACAGUAUUUUGAAAAUGGAAUUGACAAUUUAAGUCAACGUACCUUGAAAAAGUUUGAAAAGAAGAAUAAAAAAUUAGAUGGAAUGAAUUUGAAUAAGAAUGUAAAGACGGAUAAUUUUGAGACUGCACAACAUUCCUCUAAAAGAGAUAUGCACGGAGCCCAAAAUCCUGGAACAGGAAGAUUGACUCAGGACCAAACCAGCUUAGAGGUUUCUCACAUAGGAUCGUCUAUUGAAGAUUUAGGAUUAAAUGAUUCUCUUGAUAACACUGCUUUUCUUCCUUCAAUCAGACUGAAAUCCCAGAAACUUAGAAAAUUACUUGUGGAGGAUAAAGAUGUUAGUAAUGAAAAUGCCAAUAAAUCAAUAAUUGGAGGAGAAAAUUAUGAAAAAAUAUCUGUCAGAAGAAGAUUUAACAUGAGUAUGUUAAUUCCAAGUGCUACAAAACUCACAUCUCCUGCCCCUGUUCAAGGUAGUUUCAGGGGUCACCAUUCAAAAAUGGCUGCUUAUCUUGAAGGAUCUGCUGAUAGAUUAAAGAAUAAAAGAUCAGAAAGCUCUCAAUACUCUGGAAUUGCAGAUAGACUGAUUGAUUAUCAACAGAAUAAAAAUGCAAGAAUGAUGAAUCUCUCGACACAUGAGAAAUUUAAUAUUGAUAUUCUGACAAACCCAAAUUCUUGGGGUGAAGCAGUUGGAGAGCACAAGAAAGAUUCUACCCAGUCUCUUCCGAGAAAAGCUAAAAAUUUUGGGAAAAGCUCAAUUCUAAAUGAAAUUUAUGCCAAUAAGACAAAAAUCCUUGGCCAAAAGCAAAGGUUAUUUCAAUUGAAGAUGAAAGGAGGGCAUGCACUUCCCCCUCCUCCAUUCGGAAAAUCAAUGGGGCAUGGAAUAGUUUCUCAAAAUGACAAAAAGGCAAGUAUGCUAAACCAAGAAAUGGCGUAUUCGAGCAUAAAGUAGGAUGUAUUUCAAUAAACUUUACCUGAAA